ACACAGACAAAUCGAGUUCGUUCUCUUCCGCAAUGACGGCGUGGCACCUUCACUUCGCCGUGGCUCCGCCAGGAGUUGCCCCCUUGCGAGAUGGCUCAGGCUUCGGCGGAGCCCCGCGCAGCUACUCCUUGCGAGGAGAGGCAACUCGAUCAUGAGCAACCAGAGCGACUCGCAUUCAGGGACGCAUACGGGCUCUGAUGCUGGAGAGUCCUUCGCAGGAUGGCUCCGAGCCAUUCAUGGCUUCGGAGGACCAGGAGAGAUUUCCCUGAGCCAGGCCCAGAGGUGGCUCCGGAGCUGGCGAUCGGCUGCAAAGGAAGCUUGGAAGACAAGCCCAGGCCAAAGAAGCCCGGCUUCAAGUCUCCCGGGCUGCGUGUAGGCCAGCGGCGGGGCGUGAUCUCUCGCAGCGAGAAACCCAUUGCCCUGCCCACGCGUGGCAAAGUAGGGAAGGUGCCGAGCGCCUUCAGCGGUUGGCAUCGGGGCAGGGCGGCGCCGGAAGCCAAGCACGGGCCGGUGGCUCGGAAGCUGCAGCAGGCUUUGCAGCAGGCCUUGGAUCCAGGUCAGCUGGAGGCGGCGCCGCUGCAACGGGCUCUGCAGAGCCUGGCUCGCACGGCGCAGCAGGAGCUGGCAGCCGGACACCUUUCGAAGCGGGAGACCCUGCAGAGCAUAGGCGUAUGCCAGGAGCUGGUGAAGCAGAUUGCCCAGCUCGAGUGGCAUGCCCGGCGAUUGCUGAAGCCCUUGAAGGCUGCGAAGGAGCGGACCGCCGCCUCGGAGCAGCUGCUGCGGCAGGCUGCAGGCCUGGAGACGUCGCACCGGCAGCUGGCGAGGAGCCUGGCGCUGGCGCUGACGAGCCUCGGCCUGGGCCGCGGGCCCUGCUGCGCGGAAGGCCAUGCCAUGGAUGCGGUUCCUUUGCCAAGCCUGGCAGCUGAGCAGUGUGGGGCCUGUGGCCGUCUCAGCGCGCGGGCCGGGGCGGAGGCUUGGGAACCCUGGUGGAAGUGCCGCACCUGCUUCAGGCAGAGCUUCCUGGUGCUCUACUGCGCGGAGUGCGGCAAAGACGCGCAGGACGCCUCCGCCGAGGCAAGGCUCAGCAACUUGGCGCCGGCCAAGCAGUGGCCGCGCCUGGUGCGGCGCCUGAGGGCACGCCUCGCGGGCAAGGAAGAAGAGGAGAAAUACGAGGAGGAAGACGAGGAGGAGGAAAUCCUGUACGGCGAGUGUGAUAUGCGCAACCCCUCGCCGGACACGUCCCUGGACCCCUGCGGUUCCGCCUCGGGCCUCAGCGCGCCACGGAUGCUCAACGCGCCCAGCCCGCGGGCGGAGGACGCCGAGCUGGUCUUUUGGGAGGAGGGCAGCUUCGGCCCUUCCGCUGGCAUUUUCCUGACCCAGGAGCAAGAGCACAGCAGCGUGGCGUCAUCGGCAUCGCCGCUGGUUCCGUCCGUGGCAUCGUCGCCGGAGCCGGAGCAGUUGUAUCCAGGCCUGACUUUGUCGGCGAGGCGAAGCGACAUAUGGAAGCCUAGACCGGUGCCCACCAGCGCCGGGACCAGCCGCUGCGCCACGCCCGCCACGCCGAUGCGCACGCAGACGCCCAAAGCAGACGUCAAGGCCUUGGUCCUCAUGACUCCAGAGCAGAAGCGCCAGAAGGACCGGGAGAAAGAGAGGGUGGAGAGGCAGAUCAUCACGCGGCGUGCCAAGCUACCCAUCAGCCCCGGGCUGGAGAACGUGAUUCUGGAUCAGAAUGGCGAGCUCAAAAGACCCAAAGUCCCGAGCCGCGUGAAGCAGCGCGUGACCAGCGCCAGGAGCGAGACCAAGAGGCGUGCCUGGCCAAUGACAUCGCCAAGGACCUCUUGUCCCGUCCCCACAGCGCCAGCGCGCGCGGACGCCCCCGGCCAACAGCAUACGCAGUGGCGCCCAAGGAGAUGUUCGAUGGGACUUUGCAGGACAUGGACAUCCCUGUUUGGGAGGAGGUUGUGGGCAACUGGCAGACCAGGUUGGCAGAAGGAGGACCUGGCUUUGCGCUGGCCCCGAGACCCGCGGGCGAAGUCGAAGACGUCGCCUUGGCUGCGGAGCGCCCGGAAAGUGCGGCCGCGGCGCCCGCUACGGAGCAGCGGUUACCGAGGCCGUCGUCGCCCCUGUGUCAGGAGAAGUUUCGCGCUUGGCGGCCGGCAGACUGGCUCCGCGAGGCGGCCCGCAAGCCUUGGGUGGACCCGGACCAAGUGAUGCGUCACUACCACCAGCUUUGCCGAUGAGUCUCAGUCCCGGAGUUCCCGGACUUGGUACUUUUUGGGAGCAUUCGGAUGUGGC